UGUGAUACUCGGGGUGGAAGUGUUAACGUCACGAUCCAGGCACACAAAUGUAACCUAACACUAAUGGGGGAUGGUGUGUGUGUACUAAGAGAGUGUGCGUGUAUCAUUUAUCCAGCAGCUCUCCGGAACUCAAGUUUGCUCCCCUGAGCUCCUCCUGAGCACAUACACGCCUGUAACCGGACAGAAGGGCCAGUCGUGCGGUUAUUCUUUAAAUGUGGACGAGAUCACAGAGCUCUGGGAAGUGAAGAGGCUUGUGUUUGGGGCUGGAGAUGCAUCCGCAUCUGUCUCACAUCUGAUCUGAAGUGUUUACUUAUGCUAACAGACAGUCGACAUCAUGCUCGCGCGGACAUCGGCGCGUGCUGAGUAACAAUGAGCCAAACGUCACGAGCGGAUUUAUGAAAAGAGAAAUAACGGCUUUCGGGGACUGUUACUGUUACUUUAGGCCUCUGCGCUAAACUUACAGUCGCUGGCCGAUAUCGCUCCUCCGCGAAGAGAAAUGGGUCUGAUAUUCGCCAAAUUAUGGAGUUUCUUUUGUAAUCAAGAACACAAGGUGAUUAUUGUGGGACUAGACAAUGCUGGGAAGACCACUAUACUUUAUCAAUUUUUAAUGAAUGAGGUGGUGCACACCUCACCUACAAUUGGCAGUAAUGUAGAAGAAAUUGUGGUUAAGAAAACACACUUCCUGAUGUGGGAUAUUGGUGGUCAGGAAAGUCUCCGCUCUUCCUGGAACACCUACUACUCCAACACAGAGUUCAUCAUACUGGUUGUGGACAGUACUGACAGAGAGAGACUAGCCAUUUCAAAAGAAGAGCUUUACAGAAUGCUCGCUCACGAGGACCUGCGCAAGGCUGCCGUGUUGAUCUUUGCUAAUAAACAAGACAUGAAGGGAUGUAUGUCCGCAGCAGAGAUUUCCAAAUACUUGACCCUCAGCUCCAUCAAAGAUCAUCCGUGGCACAUUCAGUCCUGCUGUGCGCUAACUGGAGAAGGGUUGUGUCAGGGUUUAGAGUGGAUGACCUCAAGGGCUGGACUCAGAUAGCCACCAGUUCUUCAUGUUGGACUGAUUGACCAUUAGUGGCAUCACAGACUCAUCCCAUUGGCUGCUUAUGUUUUUCUUUUAAAUCUCUUUAUCAGAAUUGACGCUUUGCAGCUGGACUCUCUGGACACCUACCUCAGCUGGGAUUUAUCCGUUCUGUUUUGACGACCUUGUUGAUCAUACUAUGUCAGGCUAGACUGGAUGUCGUAAUCGGAGAAAGAGAGAAGAAAAUAUUUCUGCUUGAUAAGAGAGACACUGGUGUGUGUUUGCGAUGAGAGGGAUAUUUUUGGGGUGUUUUUUACACUCGGGGGGUUUUAGGAAUUCACUGGAUGGUUAUAUUGUUAAUCGUGUUGAAUGUUAAUUCUUAAAGUCUACGGGGUUGAAAUUAUUUGAAAGGGUAUGUUCUCUAAUUGGUUGAGUCAUUUGUGCCAUUGGUACCCAGCAACAUCACUACAUAUCAUGGAAGCAUCAAAGCAUAUCAGAUCAUAAUGUGCAUAAUACCUCAGUCAUUCGGUGCUGUUACUAUUUUGAACAUGGGUUUUGCAUCUUCAAAUAUAAUUUAUGUAAGAUGCAAUUAAAAAAGGGUGCCAUCAUUGUUAGAUGUGCAAUUGGGUAAAUGUGUUCAUUGCUGUAACAUAAGGCAAUAUGGCUUUUUGUCUGUCAUGCGUUUGUGGUGUUUUUAUUUUCUGAUGUAUUUUGUCUGUUACAAAAGCAUUUGCUAUGAGCAUCCAACAAAAGCUGUUACUCACUGCUGUUUAAGAAAGAGCCCAUCACUGCAGAUAAACUAGCAUGUUUUUGUCACUGUAUGUUUUUACGGUUAAAUAACUUCUCUCCUUGAUAGAGGGUGGUUAUAUUAUUAUUGUCACUUUCAUGAGGAAAUAAUGUUGAAGAGUAAUUCAGUGAGGAAACUACCAGUAUUAUAGUUUUAUAAACAUAUUGUUUCCCCCUAGAAUCGUGGUGCAAAUAAUUCACUAUGAAUGAUCUGAGUGAUGUGAUGUCUUCAUAGGUCAACCAAGUUGUAACUGUUGCUAAUUUUUGUUGCUAUAUAAACGAAUGGCAUUUUAUUAAUACUUUAACAAGUCCUGAACAUUUUAAAUCGUUGAUUUUGUAUUAUCUUUGCUGUUACAAUAUGAGUGCAUGAGCACUUGUGCAGAUAUAAUUUACAUGGUGAUUUUGCCAAUUCUGGUUCAUGAAAACUGUCAUGUGUGUUUUAAUUGAUUUUUUGCAAUGCACUGUGCUUUGUUAAGGGAAACUUGCAAGAUCUGUAUGCAGUGACUACAAAUUGGUGCUAUUGGCUGCAUUAUUAUUUUUAUUGGCUGCUGAUGUAAGGUAUGUCGUAUUGCUUGCUUGUGCUUUCUACCUUUCUCUCUUAUUUGCAAUGGGGAUUCUUUUGGGGGUCUUUGAGGCACUACCUUUCUUUUGCUAUUCUACUUUUAUAUAUCUUAAAUAUAACUUCUCUCACAGAGGCUUCUCACAUUGGAAAGGGGAAUUAGAUGAAACAGCACUGAAAUGAAUUACGGCUUCUGUGACAUUUUGCUUUAAAGACCAGUUUUGGGCGGAUUUAUGUAAACCAUGAUCUCCGAUCAAGUUUGUCUUUGCUUUUUGAUUAUACACAAUUGCAUACUUAAUUCAUUUUACGAUACUAUAUUAAAUGGUGUUAAUUUUGACAAAACUAUUCUAAAGUAAAAAUGUGACUUAUCCAGCAGGAUGGCAAUGACAUGUUGCAGCAUGACAUGUUUGUUCAGAGAAAUGCAAUUUUCACUUUCAAUACUGAAGUUCAAAGUGAAUGCAUUGAGUCAUGAGAUGUGCCAUUUCUAAAUGAGCACGCAAUGUCUGUAGCAUCUUUCAUAAUUCUUAUAGUUUUGUAAUAAAAGCUUUUAUUUUGAAAUCUGAAUUAUCUUAUUGUAUUAUUUGUUUUAACGCUGGUUUUAAGCGUCUCAAAUGUUGUUUAUAUUAAGGACACGUAUGUUGGUUCAAUGUAGAUCUAAAACAGUGUAUGUCAGCCCUCUUCCUCCUAUUGUCAUUAACACUAUUUGAAGGACCAUCUUCUAGAGCUUGGCACAACAAGAAAGAUGUGUAUUCAUU